GUACGCGCGCGUGUGUGUGUGCGAGUGGGUUCCCUCUACUCCCCCUCCCACACCCAGGGCCGAGCAGCGGCGUCGGCGAGGUCGAGUGCCGGGCGUGCCGAAGAUUCUAGCAGCCAAAAUUUCCCAAAACAGCUAGUUGAAUGAGUAACAGUGCGAUGGUGGCCGUGGCGAUCUGCUGUAUACUGGUGCUGCUAGCCGUGUUCAUCGUGCUGAUCAUAGUGGUCGGUUCGACGAUGGGCGAACCGAAGUGAGAUAAGCUCCAACUGGGGCCAGGUAACUUCGCCGAUGGAUAGCCAAGGCCCCCCGGCUGUUAGAAUUUGGACGGAUUUUGUUCCACCGGUGCUGCCGCUACUGCUGCCGUGGCCGACACUGAUGGCCACGGUGGUACCGG